CGUCACGUGACGGCUGGCCCCGCCUCUUCCUCUCGGUCCCAUAUUGAACUCGAGUUGGAAGAGGCGAGUCCGGUCUCAAAAUGGAGGUAAAACCGCCGCCCGGUCGCCCCCAGCCCGACUCCGGCCGUCGCCGCCGCCGCCGGGGGGAGGAGGGCCAUGAUCCAAAGGAACCAGAGCAGUUGAGAAAACUGUUUAUUGGUGGUCUGAGCUUUGAAACUACAGAUGAUAGCUUAAGAGAACAUUUUGAGAAAUGGGGCACACUUACAGAUUGUGUGGUGAUGAGAGACCCCCAAACAAAACGUUCCAGGGGCUUUGGUUUUGUGACUUACUCUUGUGUUGAAGAGGUGGAUGCAGCAAUGUGUGCUCGACCUCACAAGGUUGAUGGGCGUGUAGUGGAACCAAAGAGAGCUGUUUCUAGAGAGGAUUCUGUAAAGCCUGGUGCCCAUCUAACAGUGAAGAAAAUUUUUGUUGGUGGUAUUAAAGAAGAUACAGAAGAAUAUAAUUUGAGAGACUACUUUGAAAAGUAUGGCAAGAUUGAAACCAUAGAAGUUAUGGAAGACAGACAGAGUGGGAAAAAGAGAGGAUUUGCUUUUGUAACUUUUGAUGAUCAUGAUACAGUUGAUAAAAUUGUUGUUCAGAAAUACCACACUAUUAAUGGGCAUAAUUGUGAAGUGAAAAAGGCCCUUUCUAAACAAGAAAUGCAGUCUGCUGGAUCACAAAGAGGUCGUGGAGGUGGAUCUGGCAACUUUAUGGGUCGUGGUGGAAACUUUGGAGGUGGUGGAGGUAACUUUGGCCGUGGUGGAAACUUUGGUGGAAGAGGAGGCUAUGGCGGUGGAGGUGGUGGCAGCAGAGGUAGUUAUGGAGGAGGUGAUGGUGGAUAUAAUGGAUUUGGAGGUGACGGUGGCAACUAUGGAGGUGGUCCUGGUUAUAGUAGUAGAGGAGGCUAUGGUGGUGGUGGACCAGGAUAUGGAAACCAAGGUGGUGGAUAUGGUGGCGGUGGUGGAGGAUAUGAUGGUUACAAUGAAGGAGGAAAUUUUGGAGGUGGUAACUAUGGUGGUGGUGGGAACUAUAAUGAUUUUGGAAAUUAUAGUGGACAACAGCAAUCAAAUUAUGGACCCAUGAAGGGGGGCAGUUUUGGUGGAAGAAGCUCGGGCAGUCCUUAUGGUGGUGGUUAUGGAUCUGGUGGUGGAAGUGGUGGAUAUGGUAGCAGAAGGUUCUAAAAACUCAGCAGAAAAGGGUUGAAUGAGAACCCUACUUGCCUAAAAGAGGAAUGUCUUUCCUACCAUCUUAAAUACGAAGGUUUCUGGCUGGGUAAGGUUUGUAGCUCACAGUAAAGCCUGGUUGACACCAUUUGUUUCCCCACAAAUUUAUAUUACAUCUUUAGAAACCAUUAGGUACAUUGGCAAAAUUGUUCAGCUGAGAACUUUAUCUUGGCACCACAUUCAACACAUUUAAACAGUUUAAAAGGUUUCCCUGCAAUAACCGCAAGUGUUCAUCUAGAGUCAGAUAUAUACAAUUCAGUGUUGGUGUCUUUUGGGUAAAGUCAAUUUUGGGUAAGAGUGAUCAUAUUUUUUGAGGAGUUUUUUUAAUGAGCAUGACAUGACAGAAGCAUUAAGCUUCUAAUCCUUGUUCUAGGAAAAACGUCUUGGAAUGAACUUUCAAAAUUGUCAGAUCAUACAGGUAUGAGAAUGGUCUUCAUUCAAGUGGCCUCGUAACAUAAAUAAGUUCUCUUGCAUGUGACUUCAGGGAAUUUUUGGUCUAAUAGGAUAAACUUGGUUCUUUUUUAGGUUUUUUGUGUUUAACGUGUUAACCAGAAGUGGUGGGGGGCCUAAUUAUGCUAAUGCUCCUUUUUAAGACAACUUUCCCCAAAGAGUAGUUAAAAUAUUAAACUCAGUUACUGUUCAGAUCAGAUGCUGAUUGUUCAUAAGGGCUAUUAUUGCUGCCCCAGAAGGGCUUGUUAAAAUUUGAGAUUUGAUGUUAAUACACUUUAAAAAAUAAAAGAAAACUUCGGGGGGACAGAUACUUAAAACUAGUUUCUAAGUUAUGAGUAAGUCAAGUUCUUGUAUAAACAGGAGUAGUUAGUUUGCCACAUGUUUUAUUCUCAGAAAAUGACUGGUUGGGUCUCUUUCUAGUAAGUCAGGACUGAAUUUCUACACAUCACUGUAGACUGAAGUGUUAAAUAAGGUAAUAUCUUUUUAAUAAGUUUUCUUUGUAACAUUUUAAUGAAGCAAAUUUCCUAAGAUAGGAAGCAUUUUUCUUUUUUUAAAGGUGGUGGUCUUUUCCAGUCCAUCUCAUUUAUGAAAUAAAGUGAUUUUAUUUAAAUAUAGUUCCAUUGUCAUUUCUGAAAAAUACAAUGCUCUUAAGUCAUAGCACCAGUAAACAAAAUAAGGAAGUUAAACAAGGGGGAAAUGGUCAAGGCAAACUAAUUCUUGUCAAAGCAUCACGUAGGUAACAGCGUCCCAUGGUACAUUUUCCCCCAAAAGGCUCAGUUUACACUCAUGUCCUAAAGAAAAUUUGGUGAAGAAGACUGUUAAGGAACUGAACGGUUGAAAUAACGCUUGUUUUUAAGAGUUCCAAUAUGUUAAGUCAAUUUGAAAUAUUAAUUAAUGCCAUAUCUUGGAAUUCCAGUAAUUGAUGUCAAAGUGGUAAGCAUGCUAAUGUGCAGGGGUAAUGUAAGGAUUGUUAGCUGAUAUAAAUAUUCAAGAUUACUUUUAAAUUUCAUUGUUUUUUCUUGAUUUUUAAGACUUAAGAGGUGGUCUGUAAUGGAUUCAGAUGUUUCAUUUGUAGUAUAAUGAAAUGUUUACAGAAAGAUAACUUUUUCAUUAAAAUAUUUUUAGAAACGUGUGUGUUGUUUUGUCACUUCACAAUGCUGUGUAAAUGCUGAAUAGGUGAACACUACUUCAUUAGUAAGUAGUAACAGGAAAUGUGGAAUGAGUCUUAACAUGUCAGUUAAAGGAUAUGGAUUCUAUUCAGUGGGAAACAAAUAGAUCACAUAUGAAACAGUUUAUUGCUACUUAAGGAUUUAAGUCUUAAAGCACAGUGCAUGAGAUAUUUGGGUGAUAGUUGAGGAAUCAGCUUUGGAGAAAAGUUGUUAAGGAUAAUUACAGGAAAAUAAUUUGGGAGAAAAGAUGGUGGGUGGUUCCAGUUGGAAAAACGGGUUUUUGUUUUAGAAGUAUUGGGUUUCUUAAUCUUGAGAAAAGCAGUUGAGCAUUUUGUGACAUGAGGGUGGGUUGGGAAGAACUUAAGAAAAUAGUCUUAAACUACAGUUUUACAAUUUAGCCCAAAUAAAGAGGUGAUAAUGUGUUGAAGCUUAGCAAAUUUGUGAGGUAUGAUUUUAAGAGUUGUGAUUUUUUUUUCUAAAUUAUUUUUAUAGCAUAUGUAUAUGGAUUCUUAGCAUGGAUAACUUAACAAGAAAUGCUUUGUGACUUGAAGCCGUGUGAGGAUUUUUAGCAGUUAAGAUUGUAACACACUUUGCUUAAGUUCAGCACACUGGUUUCACAGAAUAUGCAGUGGUUUUGUAAUUUGUGCAGUUCUAAGUACCUUACAAUUGUAGUUUAAUGCUUGAGUCCUAACAAAAUAACUCAAAAUACAUUUACCUUUAUUUCCUCAGAAUGAAAAUAGACUAAAUGAAACUGCAAAAUAUUCAGGCAGUAAGAUAAAAAAAAACUGGAAUCUCCUAUGUGCCCAUUAAAGACUGCAAUUAAAAUUCUUUGGAGAUUGUUUUGCAAAAAUGGGGUCUUAUUAAUACAUUAAUUGAACUUAGAACUGAACAUAUAUAAAGUACCAAGAAUUGGGAGAAGAGUAAGGUAAUAGGUAAAAUAUGCCAUCUCACAUUUUUAAAGACAAUCAGGUACAUUAAACUGCAUUCACCUGUAGAAGUACUGAAAGUUAGGAAAUAAAAAUUUCCUAACAUAGUAUUUGACUUGUAGGAUUUAUUGUUAGUGUGGAUAAAUAAUGUUACAAUGAUGUGGACUGCUUUAAAAGAUAAACAAAUGGUUAAAUUGCACUACAUCAUGUUGUUAGCCUUUAUUAACUAGUUAUGUCUGAAAAUCAGCACAGUAAUUUUUACUUUUUAAAAUAUUCAGUCCAUUCUCCCAAUAGAAAUGUUGAAAACUACAAAAGAACCCUGAUACUAUCUAGAUUUAAUCUUAGUUGUCUUAAUGCCCUUACUCAAUAGGUAUUGGAAGAAAAUGCAGUCAGUUUUUUUAUUCCUGUUUCAGGUUUUGCCUAUCAGUAAAAAAAUAUUUAAAUACAGAACUAAAAUUUAAAGUUUUAUGAUCUUGGUCAAGUUAUUUGGAGUUUUUUUGUGCCGUGCUCCCCUGGGUUAUUUGGUGAUGCCAACAUACCUCUUAGAAUGUUGAUUUUAUGUGUGUUAAGUAUGUAGAGUGAAUUAUAAAUGUUUCAUUGGAAAUAGUUACAAAAUACGAAGUUUCACUCAGUAAUAUGUGCUCUAACUUAAAUGAGGCUAAUGGUGGGUUUGACUUCUAACUUUGAAAUUGUGAUGCAUAAAUGGCAUUUUGAGAUACUUGGCAAUAGAAAUCUUAAUAUUAAAAUCAAGAUUUUUUUUUUUUUUUUUUUUUUUGCAGGUGGGAGGUAAUUUGGUUUAUUUGAUUUUUCAGUGGAGGUACUUCGGGGCACUCUACCACUUGAGCUAUACUCUCCCCACUAUGAUUUUAAAUCGCAGUCACAAGUGCUGUGAAUACCAUUGUGGUUUGUUGCCUGUAACAUUAAAGGAAAUGUUAAGGUUCACUCAGUGAAAGUGAACGGAGGAACCUUCUCCCCAUCACAAUUCUCUGAUGUAAAUUCUAUCCAGAUUAACUAUUUUCACCUAAUUUCUUUUCCUUAAAAAAAAAAAAAAAGUUAUACCUGCCCCUCAGUCUGAAGGUUGAAAGUGAUAAUGGGCUUAUUAAAGAGCUUAAGCUAGUGCCUGUUCUGUGGUCCCUAAAGGUAGUAUUUUUUUUCAUUUUUGUUUCUAUUGAAGUAUAGUUGAUUUAUAAUGUGUUUCUGGUAAACAGCAUAGUGAUUCAGUUAUACAUACUUAGAUUUUUCAUUAUAGGUUAUUCUGAGCGAUUGAAUAUGGUUCCCUGUGCUAUAAUGUAGGACCUUAUUUAUUUUAUACAUACUUUGUAUCUGCUAAUCCCAAACUCCUCCACCCCCAUCCCCUUUGGUAACCAUGUUUAUGUGAGUCUUUCUGUUUUCUAAGUUCAUCUGUCUCAUUUUUUUUGAUUCCACAUAUAACUGAUAAAUAUUUUUUACUUAUUUCAUUUAAUAUGAUCAUCUCUAGGUACAUCCAUGUUGCUAAUGGCAUUGUCUCAUUCUUUUUUAUGGCUGAGUGAUAUUCCAGUGUGUGUGUAUACCAUAACUUUGUCCAGUCAUCCAGUUGAUGGACAUUUAGGUUGCUUCUGUAUCUUUGCAAUUGUAAAUGGUGCUGCUAUGAACUUUAGGGGGCAUGUAUCUUUUCAAGUUGGAGCUUUAUCUGUAUUUAUGAAUGAGUGCUUUUGUUGGAUCAUAAUAGCUCUAUUUUUAGUAAGAUAGUGUUUUUGAUCAUGAGUAUCACCUUAAGAAUGCUGAAGUCACAGCUGAAGUUUUAAAGCGUGACAGUAUAGUUAAUGCCAGUUCGAGGUUUUUUCCCUCCAUAUAGGAUUAAAGUUCAUGUGGCCUUUAAAUUUUUUUUCUAGUUCUUAAAAAGCCAAAACUGGCCUGAUAGACAAAAUUCUUCAUUCUUAUUUUGAAGAAAUGUAUGUUCUGAGACUUAGAAGUACAGGUGUGAGAAGUAAUACAAGGUACAUUUGAGCAGCCAUCCCAUAGGCUUCAGAAGGAAUCUCAGCAAGGAAAAAUUUAUAUAACAAUAUAGUAUGCCAUUAAGGUUUCCUAAUAAAAUGCUUGACAUAUCAAUGUAAAAGGCAUAGUUAUACAUACAUUUUAAAAUUAGAAACUGAGUUUAAGUUUUACAAUACAACAGCCAAAUUUAAUCUAAGAAACAUUGCAUGUCAGAUCAAGAGAUGAAAUCUGUACUUUUAGUCAUGGGUAAGUUAAUUUGUUAUAAUUUAAAAUUUUAGUUCUGUGUAAUGCAGUAUGUUUAGUACUUAAAAGUAAUUUUUAGGUAUGGAAAGGUGGUUGGUUAUCUUGAACUCUUAAAAAUGUUAAAUUUGACUAACUCAAAGAAUGCACAUGAGUGAAGGCAUCUGCUGUCAUGCUAUUGGAAGUCUGUUGUGGUCUGCCUAGAAGUGCUCUUCCCCUUGUAGGUGCCAGCUGAUUACAGGUGCUCCGGAUAACACUUGCCACCUCCUCCAACCCCCACCCAUAAUUGUGUUUAAGAGCACUUUAUUCAAGAUGAAAUAUCUGUCUUCUGAGGUUGGAAAAGGGAUGUCUCUCUCUGGGAUUUCAUCACCACCACUACAGGAGGAAAUGCUUGACCACACCAGACAGGCCACAGCAGAAUCUCCACUUUGGAAUGCCUAGGUCCAUUAGUCCUCGAAAUCGUUUUCAACCCUUUUAUUUCCAGUCAAAUGAGUCAAAUUCUUACGUUGACUUUAUUUUCUUUCAUUUGCAGUCAAGUCAUACUAAUUUAGGGUUAAAGAAAAAGAAAUUGCACAUUUAUAGAGUGCUUACUAUCAGCGAGGCACUGUACUUUUUGUGGGUUGAUUCACUUACAUUUAUCCUCACUUUACGGAUGAGAAAACAGCCAGCCUAAGUGUGCUUUGUGUUGUUCAAGGUCAUUCUUGGAAAAUGGCAGCAGCCCAGGCAGUCUGACUCUAGGGCCUAUGGACCUGCGCUAUAUUGCUCCUGUCAGAUUGAUAGGACUCUCAGUUAAUCUUCACAUAGUAUUCAUUCUAAACACGCUUAACCCUCAAGUGAAUUUCAUCUCUCCACUUCAAAAUAAAGCCAAAUGAAACAUGAAACAAGACAAAAGUUUGACUAGAUGGAGAAAGUGAAUCUCCUAUGGUUUCUUGGGUGGCCUGCAGUUUUUCAAAGAUUUUAAGGGGCUUUGAUUUUAUGCCUGCUAUUAACCUGUUCAAAGUGAACUGAUUUUCUAACCUACACCUAACCAGUCAUGUAUCUCAGGGCAUGUUCAAGUCCUUGAGUCUGCCUUCACCCCACAUCCUUUCUGUUGCAAAAUCCUUUUAGUUUGACCUGGGAACAUGCAGAAUCCAGCACCUUCUUGCUACCAUUAUCACCCUAAAUUAAGACAACCUAUCGUGAAUAUCUCAGGACCUCCCCUGUUGGUCUCCCAGCUUGUACCUUUACCUGGAGAAACUUAAACUCUGAUGUUACUCCUGCUUAACACCUCCAGUAGCUUUCUACUAGACAAAAGUCAGGGUAACCAGGCCGUGUCAAGUCCUACUCUACCCAUCCACCCUUUUUUCUCCCAUGUUCCUCCAUGUAGUUCUUUCUCCAACAGACCUCAGAGCCUUUGGCUUUCAUGUGUACUGUGUGCAAUUAGCUAAUAAAAUCUAUUGGUGUGAGUAAGUGAACCAGUAUUUUCAUGGUAUAUAGCAUUUCCCUUGGUUGAGAUGUACCUGCUGAAGAAACGAUCUUUUUGAUACACUCUUUCCGUGUCUAGUAUCAUUUAGUGCUUUUCAUAUUAAUGUCAUGGAAAAGAACUGAAUAAACUCAAAUGAAUUCCAAAGAAGUUAAGUCAUAAUAGUCCUUUAUUAGUACCAGCUUUUCAACUAAAUUGGGGGGUUUUUUUGCCAGAGCUAAACAAUUGAAUAUAAAAAAAUGUUUUGUUCAUAUGGUUUUUAUUUUUAAAAAAGUAUAUAGUGGUUAGUUUCGCAACAGUUUGCUUUUAGCCAGAUGUCAUAUAAAUCUAUAAACGUAACAAAUGAGAUAAGAACAGUAUAAAUAAGAAGUUUUUGUAGUAUUUACACGUAUACAGAAACUAGCCCAAAUGGUGUUCUAAGAAAUUAAGUUUGCAGUGAAACUGAUUGAGCAUACUGAUAACUUACUGUAAUGCUUUUUAAAAUUUUGUAUCUUCUACACUAGAUUUGACUAUAAUUUUGCAUAGAAUUACUUGAAGUAUAUUUCAGCAUUUCACAUCAGGAGCUUUUAGUAUAACAGUAAAAAAAAAAAAAAAAAAAACACAAACCCG